AUGGCUGAGUCCUCUCCAGUGACUCCGAGACAGUCCAACACCACCUGUACAACGCUCAACCAGACGGGCUUCGCGACUGAUUACUGCCUGAGCCGGGACCUGAAACAGAGUAGCUUCCUCAACCAGGCUAAUACGUCCCUUCUCGAGACGUGUUUCGCGAGCGCAAAUUACUCAGAAGCUUGGACGUGCUACAAGAAGGACCCUCAUGGAGCCGGCCACUCAGGUAUCGGCGGUGUUAUGUUGGACGUGACGCUCAGCCCGGGCGAUCCCCUCUUCUACCUUCACCAUACGUUCCUGGACUACCUCUGGUGGCAGUGGCAAGCCGUGGACCUCUCCAGCCGUCUUACCGACAUGACCGGGCGCAAUGUUCCUCUGGUCGAUUACCUGCUUGUUGACGAGGACUACGUCUUCGCUAUCUCCGUGCUCUUGGAGAACAACGGUGAUCCUGGCAACGUGACGACUCUGAACCACAACCUGUGGAUGGCAGGCCUGGUCCCUAAUGCGCCUAUCGCCGAGGUCAUGGACAUCCGGGGUGACUUGAUCUGUGCAGAGUACGUUUAG